AUGGCCCCACCCCUCCUCUGCAAGCGCAAGCGGAGGAGGAAACGAGGUCCGGAAUUCUUGGACUCACCCCAAGUGGCCGAGAUUUCAGUGCACUGCAGUGUGACCGCCCCGUUCCUCUUCCUCCUCCGAUUUCAAGAGCAGGGUUUGCUGGGGAUUGCGGUUCAUCAACUGCCGUCUAGCACCAGCACAAAGGCGAAGAGCAAAUCCUUGUGGAGCCAGGUUGUGAAAAGUACCAGGCCGACAAACAUGUCCAUUUCCGCAAGAAACCUCCAACCACAAGAUCUUGGAGCUGUGAUAUUUGGUUGCACAAACAAUACCAUUGCAGAGUGUCACUCAUGGCAACUUUUCGGCUUGCCAAGAGCGCAUAUCUCCUAUGUACGAAACAUUAAGGAAGGACUGCGUCUCUUCCUAUUCAAUUAUGAUGAUCGCAGAUUGUAUGGCAUAUAUGAAGCUGCAGGCAGUGGUAAGUUCUGUCCUGAAUCAAAUGCAUGGUCAAAUGAUGGCCAGGGAAAGACAAGUUUUCCUGCCCAGGUUGCGAUGCGGGUAAGGGUGUGGUGUUUUCCGCUAGCAGAGAAUCAGUUCAGAAAUGCUAUUGUAGCCAACUACUAUCAGAACACACCCACUAGUGUCCCUGGCAAGAAGCUGCAUUUUUUUCAAUUUGAAUUGGAUCAUGCUCAGACACGUGUUUUGAUGGAUAUGUUUACUCCAUCUCCUCCUCCCAACAAUGUUUGGAUGCCCCCUGUUGCAACACCAGCUGAUGAGCAUGUGAGAGAGUUAGUAUCGUCACCUGUAUGGGCACCAAAGCAUGAAGCGAAGGUCAAACCAGGAAAGGUUGCAAACUCAUAUGCAGACAUGGUAAAGAAGAACAAAUUUGAGGAAGUCGUGAAAGGAGAUGUGGAUGAGGAACAUGCGAGUUCAGAUAAUGAAUCUUCUAAUGGUUUUGAUGAUCUGGAUUGUGGAGACACAGCAACGGAGAGAGAGGGGUGUGCAUUAUCAGAUCAGGAGGUUGAAAUGAAACAACAGCGACACUCUGAUAAGAAGACAAAUGUGCUUAGUUUCAACCAAGUGUUAGAAGGGCAUGCAGCUUUGCCUGUGCAGCAGUGUAAUCCUGAUUUGUAUGCCAAUGCUACUGAGACUGAAGACAAUGAUGCAUAUAGCUUCAAGUAUGCCCAGGAGGUCAAAUGUGCAAUUCUGGAUGGACACUCUAAUUUGCCAGAAACCUUAGAUGUUGAAGCUAAUCAGCUCUCCAUGGGCCCUUCUAAUUUGCUGGUGCAACUAUUAGACUCUGAAUCAUGUACAGAAGCCAAGCUGAUAGAUGUAGUUAAAGAGUUAUCUGGGCGCAUAGAGCUGAUGGAGAAGAAGCAGGCUUGGUCCAACAAAGAGGUCCAACACUUACAAGGGGUGAAUGAGAGGUUACUGAAAAGAAUUGUGGAACUAAAGGGCACAGUGAAGACAUUGAAUUCAAAAAUAAACCCUUUAACCCUAGAUGAUUCACUUAACCAGUUUGUUGAGCAAUAUUUGGGCUCAGAAGAUGUCAUUUAUCUAGUUGGUGGUUUUGAUGGCUUCUCAUUUCUGCCAUCACUAGACUCCUUUUCCCCUUCAUUGGAUAUACUAACACCUCUCAAACCAAUGCCUGUUGGGAAGUCAUAUGCUUCAACUGUUGCAUUAGAUGGCAAGGUAUUUGUUCUCGGUGGUGGUGAUGGUGCUUGCUGGUUUGAUACAGUUGACUGUUAUGACCGAAGCCGUGAUGAUUGGACCACAUGCCCAUCAUUGACUCGUGACAAGGGGAGCCUUGCUGGGGUUAGUGUUAAUGGGAGAAUCUAUGCUUUUGGUGGUGGAGAUGGAAGUCAGUGUUUCUCUGACGUUGAGAUAUUUGAUCCUCCUCAUGGAAAGUGGAUAAAGAAUCAGCCUAUGCUAGAAAAGCGCUUUUCUCUAGCUGGUGUAGCACUUAAUGGUGUGAUUUAUGCAGUUGGUGGCUUCAAUGGUGCUCAAUAUCUGAGCUCUGCUGAGAGGCUUGAUCCUCGAGAGCCUAACUGGAAAAUGCUCCCAAUGAUGAGUGCAAGAAGGGGCUGUCAUACGCUUGCAGUGCUUAAUGAGAAGAUAUUCUCGAUUGGUGGUUAUGAUACUGGGGCUAAAGCAAUGGUAGCUACCGUUGAGAUGUACGAGCCAAGGAUGCCUUCAUGGGUGAUGGUUGAACCCAUGAGCUACACCAGAGGAUACCAUUCUUCAGCUGUGCUUGGUGGCUCAAUAUUCACAUUUGGCGGGGUGAAAGGUGAAGGAGAUACAAUCUUGGAUGUGGUGGAGCGAUACAAGGAAGGCUGUGGCUGGGUGACUACUGGUCUGAAGUCAAUUGGGAAGAGAUGCUACUGCUCCGCCAUUGUUCACUGACCUUAUAUUGACAUGGUGAAUUGACGUAGCUUCUGAGAUCGAAUCAAUGUGAAUGACAUAACAUGAAUGAAGAUGCUUUACGCUAGUAUUCCCUUAACGGCCAUGUUGUCGGCUUUUCCGGCCGGUCUUCUGCUUGCUUUUGGAUAUAGAAAAGGUAUCAACUCCAUUUCAGAAGGAACUUUCUGGUUCGAGAUAAGCCAUCACUCGACAAACCUUGUUUGUGUCUGUCUGCAGCCAUGGAAAUUUUGUUUAUAUAUAGUUAAUCCUCCAAAUUAACCUCCUCUCCCUUCUUCUUCUUCCUCCAUCUCGACCUCCUCAACUGUAGCUAUGGCCACCUCUUCGAUCCUGCUAUGGCGUCAAGUGUCGGGGACUACCUGGAGCUGGUUUUCUCUUUGGUCAUCUUCAUCUUUAUGAUUGCGUUAUGUGUUCUUCGGGAACGUUUAGACUUGUACGAGGACCCUUCACCUCGCCAUAGCCAGGGCCAGGCGUCAGCGGCUCAGGCGUAGCAGAAAAUUAGUAUUAACCUGCUCUUCAAUUCACUUGCUUCCUCCACAGGGCAAGUGUUUGUGCUGUCUGUAUUAUGUACGAGCAAUAUAAUUAAUAGUGUUCCUGUCC